AUAAAAAAAUCCCUUGAAGACUUUGAAUUUCAGAUACCUAUCGCCUCACGCACUUUUGCUCCUCCCCACCCUUUACCCCUUACCCCUCGCGCGUCGCCAUGGGAGUGGGCAUUGAGGUCGAGGUCGAGUCGCCAUGGGCGUGGGCGUGGAGCUCGGCGACGGUGGUGGUGGUGGUGGUGGUGGUGGUGGUGGGGAUGGCGGUGUUGUGGGGGGUGCCGAUGGUGGAGUGGGGGCUGCUGCGGCCGAGGCGGCUGGAGCGGGCGCUGCGGGCGCAGGGGCUGCGCGGGAGCCGCUACCACCCCUUCGCCGGCGACCUCCCGGAGAACGCCCGGCUCAACGCCGCCGCCCGCUCCCGGCCCCUCCCUCUCUCCCCCUCCCCCCACCGCAUCGUCCCCCGCGUNCUCCCUCUCUCCCCCUCCCCUCACCGCAUCGUCCCCCGCGUCUCCCCCCUCUUCCACCAAAUUAUGCAGCUGCACGGUAAAAUUUCUUUUACUUGGUUUGGUCCAACACCCAGAGUGACAAUUACAGACCCAGAGCUGGUGAGGGAAGUUCUGUCGAACAAGUUUGGGCACUUUGAGAAGCCGUCAGUGAGCCCUCUUGCAAGAUUGUUGGCUGACGGGCUCGCAAACUACAAGGGCGAAAAAUGGGCCAGGCACAGGAGAAUCCUCAAUCCGGCUUUUCAUCUCGAAAAGCUUAAGCGUAUGUUGCCGUCGUUCUCUACUUGUUGUACUGAGUUGAUCGCCAGAUGGGAGAAUUUAGUUCCGUCAGAAGGAUCGUCUGAAAUAGAUGUUUGGCCGGAGCUGCAGAACUUCACGGGAGACGUCAUCUCCCGAACUGCUUUCGGUAGCAGCUACCAAGAAGGACGACGAAUAUUUCAGCUUCAAUCAGAGCUUGCCGAGCGCCUUAUUCAGGCUUUUCAGUAUUUGUUUAUCCCAGGUUACAGGUUUCUCCCGACGAAAAACAAUAGUAGAAUGAAAGAGAUCGAUGGAGAGAUUCGAUCGCUCCUAAGAGGCAUAAUCGGGAAGAGAGAAAAAGCUAUUAAGGUGGGCGAAGCUACUAACGAUGACCUACUGGGCUUGAUGUUGGAGUCGAAUAUGAGGUACUUCGAAGAGAAUGCAAACUCGAACCUCAAGAUGAGCACUGACGAGGUGAUCGAAGAAUGCAAGCUAUUCUACUUUGCAGGACAAGAGACGACGUCGGUAUUGCUGACAUGGACGAUGGUUGCUCUAAGCAUGCAUCCCGAAUGGCAGGCUCGCGCAAGAGAAGAGGUUUUGCAAGUCUUUGGGAAUGGUAGACCUGAUUUCGAAGGCUUGAGCCGCUUAAAGAUUGUGACGAUGAUCUUUUACGAGGUUCUUCGACUCUACCCGCCUGUGAUCUUCCUCAACAGGAAAACAUACAAAGAAAUGAAGCUCGGAGGCAUAACUUACCCGCCUGGAGUAACCCUCAUGUUGCUCACCAUCUUCCUGCACCACGAUCCCGACAUCUGGGGCCAAGACGCAUCCGAGUUCAGGCCGGAGAGAUUCGCUGAGGGGAUAUCAAAGGCUUCAAAUGACCAAGUCGCGUUCUUUCCUUUUGGUUGGGGGCCCCGCAUUUGUAUCGGGCAAAGUUUCGCGCUGCUCGAAGCUAAGAUGGGGCUCAGCAUGAUCCUUCAGCGGUUCACCUUCGAGCUCUCACCAUCGUACAUUCACGCCCCGUACACUGUUAUAACUCUCCAUCCUCAGCACGGUGCUCAAAUCAACUUUCGUAGGCUAUGAUCGAUUUCGCCGUGCUCGUAUACAUAUAUAUGUUAAUAGUAUGAGGUUUUCCAAUAAUAGCAAAUGACAAAGUGAAUGUUGUAGCACCUUUUGGUGAGUAAUGCAACUGGGCAUGUGUGAAUUGCAGAAAAGAUACAUGUGUAAUGGCAAAUAUAGUUAUGUUACUCAUAAACUAGCUUUACUAUCUAUUUCUGGUAUGCUUCAUUAUUCCUUACUGGGAAACAACC